GCCCUAGUGACAGGUGCAUCUCGAGGUAUUGGCCGCGCAAUCGCGGUCGAGUUGGCACGGUGGGAAAUACCACUGAUUUUAGUGGCUCGUGAUGUGGAACGACUAACAGCCCUUGCUUACGAUAUUGAAGCAUGUUACGGAGUUAAAUGUUGCGUGCUGCAAGCAGAUUUGGCUCAACGAGGGGUGGCAGAAAAAAUUUACAACACAACUUGCUCCGCUGGCUUAAAAGUAGAAAUCCUAAUCAACAAUGCAGGAAUCUCGUCUCAAGGCUUGGCGGUCGAUAUUCCGGUCACGGAAGCAACUCGCAUAAUUCAGGUCAACGCAUUGUCUGUAUCCACUCUGAGCCAUUUGUAUGGCAGAGAUAUGAAAGAUCGACGACGAGGACGUAUACUUGUGGUGUCCUCUAUUUGUGCGGCUGUGGCUGGUCUGCCGACCGUAGCGGUGUACGCAGCCACCAAAGCUUUUGAAAAUACCCUCAGUCUGUCAAUGGCCAAAGAGCUUGAACCUUUUGGAGUGGGUGUGACAUGUCUCAUGCCGGGUGCUGUC